AAAUCGUUUUUGAUCUUUUGGCUCGUGCGGAAUUAGAAGGAAUGGAAGAUUUGAUGUACUGGUCAGUAUAUGCUGGUGCUCGCAUAGUUCCAGCAAGAUUGCUAGGAAAUUGUAAAACUUCUGGAAAGGUUCGAUAUCAAAGACGAAACAAUCGCCAGAAUCCUUAUCAAAUCGUGGAACUGGAUGAUAAUUCGGAUACAUCACCAAAGCAUUCUCGACAAAAUCACAUUAAUCACAUAACUCAUUGUCGUUCUUCUCGUCCAACAAAAUUAUCAAAAUCUAAGAAGAAGAAACGAAAGGCCGAAAAAGCAUUGCAGAAAACUGCACUGAAAAGGGUAAAGGCUACCAAGAAGCGAUUGAGUUUCAUAGAAGAUGAUGAUCAAACUGCUUCCGAUGUUAUUUUCAGAAUCAAUGAAACGAACGGAACCUUAACCUCACCAGCCCGUGAUCCUGCUUUUGCACCCUUUGAUAUCGAUUCAUCUAAUAAUAUUGACUGGGUGGAUUCUAACUAUCCGAAAUUCAAAUCAAACAUAUUAUCAUCGCCAUCAGCUAUUCUCCCAUUUGGAGCCUAUCCAUCAAGCGUCCUAACGGAAAAGUCAGGUAUUAUCCGGGAUAGACCUUGUCUUUCUUUUGAGACACCAAUUAAAGAGUCUCCAUCAAUGGGUAGUAUGUCAGAAGACUCAACUAAUUCAGUCAACA